GGACCAAUAGAAUUGCAGAAAACGGCGACAAAAGUCGACAAAUUCUCCGUUAAAUUUUUUUUUUAUUUAGCCUUGAUAAAUUUUUAAUUUUGCAAAAGUUGAGUGUAAAAUAAAAAUUCGCUUCGGCUGCGUUAUUUAGAAAUAAUUUUUAAUACUUUUUAAGACGUUUUUUGAAAGUAAUUCGUUGGGUUUUUUCCAAGAGCGAUCCCGAGUAUGGCGUUGUGUUCCAGUUAGAACCGGUUCAUCGUUAAUGAUAAUCCCGCAUAUGAGUUCAUCCAUUCUCACGUUUCUUCAUUAUUUGUUUCUUUUUUGUUCUUUCCCCAGUCCGGACAUUGGUUUUUCCGUCAAAUUCGUCAAUCGCUCAUCGGAACAAAAUUCUAUUCAAAGUCCAACAGAUGCCUAGUCUUGAAGGCGAUCCCACGAUGAAUUCUUUAGCAGAGCAGGCUUCCAAGCUUUUGGACUUUAACCAGAAAUUUGACAUCCAGUUACUGGAUACCAUUGUCAAUUGCAUGUAUUCUGCCUCUGGACCACAGCAAAGGAUGGCCCAGGAAAUCUUAACAACGUUCAAGGAGCACCCCGAUGCGUGGACUCGCGUCGACACCAUCCUCGAAUUCUCAAGCAACCAACAGACCAAAUAUUAUGCUCUUCAAAUUCUUGAAAAUGUCAUCAAAAUAAGAUGGAAAGUUCUGCCUAGAGCACAAUGCGAAGGCAUAAGAAAAUAUAUAGUCAGUCUGAUAAUCAAGACAUCCUCUGAUGCCAACAUGGCCGAGGCUGAAAAGGUCUACCUCGGCAAGUUGAACAUGAUCCUCGUACAGAUAUUGAAAUAUGAAUGGCCUCAUAACUGGCCGACGUUUAUCAGUGACAUCGUCGGGGCCAGCAAAACGAAUGAAUCCCUCUGCCAGAACAAUAUGAUCAUACUUAAACUUCUAAGUGAGGAAGUUUUUGACUUUUCGAGCGGCCAAAUGACCCAGACAAAGGCCAAACAUCUCAAAGAGAGUAUGUGCAGUGAAUUUGCCAAAAUAUUCGAUCUCUGCCAGUAUGUGAUGGACAACUCUCAGAAUGCCUCACUGGUCGGUGCUACAUUGGAUACCCUUCUGAGGUUUCUUAACUGGAUACCUCUGGGAUACGUCUUUGAAACUAACCUAACACACACUCUCAUCUUCAAGUUCUUAAGUGUUCCCUUGUUUAGGAAUGUUACACUGAAAUCUUUAACAGAAAUAGCUGGUGUCCAGGUAACCCAAUAUGACGAGCAGUUCAUUAAGAUAUUCACAACAACAUUGCAGCAACUCAAGCAGAUGUUACCAGUAACGACGAACAUCAGAGCAGCGUACAAAGCCGGUCGAGAUGAUGAGCAGAACUUCAUACAGAACCUCAGCCUCUUCCUAUGUACCUUCCUCAAAGAGCAUGGACAACUCAUAGAAAAAAAUCCUGCUCUUGUUGAAUCACUCAUGGACUCAAUGUCCUACUUAGUUCUCAUCUCAGAGGUAGAGGAGACAGAAAUCUUCAAGAUAUGCUUGGAGUACUGGAAUGCACUGGCGUCGGAUCUCUACAGGGAAAGCCCCUACACCCCCAUCAACCCCAUCCUGGUGAGUAGGCAGGCAGAUAUGCCACCCAGGAGAUCUCUCUAUACACCUGUUCUCACUAAGGUGCGUAGAAUCAUGAUCUCCAGGAUGGCAAAACCGGAGGAAGUACUCGUCGUUGAAAAUGAGCAAGGAGAGGUCGUGAGAGAGUUCAUGAAGGACACAGAUGCCAUCAACAUGUACAAAACCAUGAGAGAGACAUUGGUCUACCUAACUCACUUGGACUACACGGACACGGAGAACAUUAUGACUGAGAAACUUCACAACCAAGUCAACGGCAGUGAAUGGUCGUGGAAGAAUCUAAAUACAUUAUGUUGGGCCAUUGGAUCAAUCAGUGGCGCCAUGCAUGAAGAAGAUGAGAAGAGAUUUCUUGUCACAGUCAUCAAGGAAUUGUUGGGGUUGUGCGAGCAGAAAAGAGGUAAGGAUAACAAAGCCAUCAUAGCCUCGAACAUUAUGUACGUGGUCGGUCAGUAUCCCAGAUUUCUCAGGGCUCAUUGGAGGUUCCUGAAAACUGUUGUCAACAAACUGUUUGAGUUUAUGCACGAAACUCAUGAUGGAGUACAGGACAUGGCGUGUGAUACAUUCAUCAAGAUAUCACAAAAGUGUAGGAGGCAUUUUGUACAAGUGCAAAUAGGUGAGAUGAUUCCAUUCAUCGAUGAGAUACUCAAUAACAUAAACUCCAUCAUCUGCGAUCUCCAACCUCAGCAGGUCCACACGUUCUACGAAGCUAUUGGAUUCAUGAUAAGUGCUCAGAAUGAUCAGGCCUUACAGAACCAGCUAAUAGAAAAGUACAUGCUUCUUCCGAACACUGUAUGGGACAAUGUUAUUAUGGAAGCUUCCAAGAAUGUGGACAUUUUGAAAGACCCUGAUGCUGUUAAACAGCUAGGCAACAUCCUCAAGACAAAUGUUCGAGCGUGCAAGGCUCUCGGUCAUUCAUACAUCAUUCAGCUCGGUCGUCUGUACUUGGACAUGUUGAAUGUAUACAAAGUGAUGAGUGAGAACGUCUCCGGGGCCAUAGCAGCCAACGGUGAAGUGGUCACUAAACAGCCACUGAUCAAGAGUAUGAGGACUGUGAAAAAGGAGAUACUCAAGUUGAUAUCCGGAUGGGUCAGUCGGUGCAUAGAGCCCCAAGUGGCUGCGGAGAACUUUGUGCCCCCAUUAUUAGAUGCGGUUUUGUUGGACUAUCAACGAAAUGUACCAUCUGCCAGGGAACCCGAAGUGCUGAGUACCAUGGCCACCAUUGUAAAUAAACUUGAGAACCACAUAACUAAAGAUAUACCUCAAAUAUUUGAUGCCGUCUUCGAAUGCACACUGGACAUGAUCAACAAAAAUUUUGAAGAGUACCCAGAGCAUAGGACCAAUUUCUUUUUACUGUUACAAGCUGUUAACUCUCAUUGCUUCUCAGCCUUCCUGACAAUUCCUCCAAGCCAAUUCAAAUUAGUUCUCGACUCAAUAAUCUGGGGCUUCAAACACACGAUGAGGAAUGUUUCUGACACAGGUCUUAGUAUAUUGUACCAGAUGUUGCAGAACGUAGCGUUGAAUGAGAUAGCGGCACAGAGCUUCUACCAGACCUAUUACACAGACGUCCUCCAACAUAUAUUCUCUGUCGUCACAGACAGCUCACAUAGUGCUGGCCUGCUUAUGCACGCGACUAUUCUAGCCUACAUGUUCAGUUUAGUUGAGAUGAAUAAAAUAACAACACCACUGAAUCCGAACUACGACGUCCUACACAACAUGGUCUUUGUCCAGGAGUUCCUCGCCAACCUUCUCAAAUCUGCUUUCCCACACCUCAAUGACCAGCAGAUAAAAGUCUUCAUAGAGGGUUUGUUCAGUUUCAACCAGGACAUCCCACAGUUCAAGGAGCAUCUCAGAGAUUUCAUUGUACAAAUCAGGGAAUUUGCUGGUGAGGACAACACCGGGUUGUUCUUGGAAGAGCGGGAAGCAGCCAUUCUGCAGGCUCAGGAAGAGAAGAGGAAGGUGCAACUAACAGUACCUGGUAUUAUUGGACCCCACGAAAUACCCGAAGAUAUGCAGGAUUAACUUUGUGUGAAUGUGUGUGUGGUGUGUGUGUGUGUUGACAGAAAAGUAAUAAUUUUGCAUGCGUGUGUGUAUGUGUUGUAUUCAUGGAACAAAUUUAAAGACUAGAUGGUAUGUGUAUAUGCAUAUUUAGUCAAGGUAUUCGCUUUUUUGCUACUUUUUAUAUCUUCGGCUGACAUUGAGGGCUGUGGCUGAAUAAAAUUUGGUUGAUUGACUGACUGAUUAAAUUAUUGAUCGAUUGGUUCGACUCUUUCUAAGUAGUUUUAUCAUGAUGAUGAGGAUGGUAUGUUUGCGUGAGAUUAGUGAAAGACAUUUUCAUACACUAUUUCUUCGUCGUUUUAAUAUGAUUUUAUUUAUUUAGAUGUUUUUAUUUUUGAUUGAGUUAUUGUGUUUCCUUGUGUUGAGUAGGAGCGGUAUGUUCAGGUGUGUGUGUAUUUGUGUUGAAACUACAUGCAAAUACGUAUUUAUAUUAUACAUACACACAUACAAAGAUAGCAUACAUAACUCUAACAUACAAUAGAUAUAUGCGUGUGUAUAUGCAUUAUUUUACUGUACAACCGCCUAUAAAUGUUUCGUAUAGUUUAUUUUAUUACUGACUGAAUCAUUUUCGAGUCUGUACGUUCGAUGUUUGGCUCGUUACUGUCGUUGAUGUAAGAUGAAGUUUCGUAAUUUAUGUGCGUGCCAGAUAUGUCUUUUCGUCGUAUAGAAUGAUUACUUGUGUUUAACGAAAUUAAAAUGUGUAUAAAUCUUGG